AUGACCAAACCCCAGCCAGUCGGAAUCGCCGAGAAAAAGGCAGUAUCACAAAGGCGUCUUUCUGAUUUCACCAACCCCAAGGCCACAGCUAUUGUAAAAGUGGGAAAGAUGCUACUCUGGGACGGACCAUUACCCUCAGGAUCUCAACUUGAAUCUUCUCCCAGCAGCAUUGGCCGGUCGAUGACGGAAGAAAACUAUCUCUGGCGCAGAGUGAGCUGCACCCUGCACGAAAAUGGCACAUUUCGCCUUCUCAGCGAGAUUGAUAGUCAGGUGCUCUCGGUAACACCACUGUCGCAGCUUUCUCGCUGUGCGGUUCAGCGACUGGACGAAAGCGUACUACGUAUGCCACACUGUAUUGCGAUUUAUCCCCAGUAUCGCAUCCAGACCUCUGUUAUGGGGCUUUCGAGACCGAUGGUGUUGUGCUUAGAAUCACAUGUCGCACUCGAAGCUUGGUUUGUCUUGCUCCGAGCCCUGACUGUGCCAGAGUUGUAUGGUCCAGAGCAACUGUCUCCUGAAGACGCACAAGCUUUAUCGCAACCGUCGCAACAUGGUAAUAACGUCCCUACGCAGGGCAUGUUUCGGAUAGAGCGAUCCCUCUACAUCAAAAUAACUGAGGCGAAGUUUGCACAGCGAUCCGCACCACAAGAGACCUAUGAAUAUAACAAGGCAAAGGGGAAAUCCGCGAAGGUUGAACAAUCUAAAGAAGGGGUAUACGCGGAGAUCUUGCUGGGCAAGGACUUACGAGCUCGGACGACCACCAAGCUCACUGUCUCUUCAGCAUUCUGGGCCGAGGAGUUCAAUCUACCAGACAUUCCUGCGGCUUUGUCAAAGAUCACCAUCGCGGUCAAGCUUGGAAACCCUGCAGAGAAGGAAUGGACGAUGGUCGCCGAUGGCCUCUACGAUAUUUCGGCAGAUGCUGGGUACCUUUCCGGCCUCGGCGGUCUGGAGAUUUCGUCCCACGAUCCGAUCUUUGGGAGAGUGGAUGUUUCGAUUGAUGAGCUGGAGCGUAGUGGCACCAUCGACAAGUGGUGGCCUCUGUUGGACAACAACGACCAUUCUGUUGGUACGGUCCUAGCUCGACUGUCGCUGGAGGAGACGGUGAUCCUGAUGGAGGCUGAGUACGAUGAAUUUGCAUCUCUACUGCACAACUACUCCAAUGGCCUGACAACACAAAUCGCCCAUCUCCUCGGGCCCGAUCUCCGGCAGUUAUCUGACAUCCUUCUGGACAUCUUCCAGGCAUCAGGAAAUGCUACUGACUGGAUCAAUAAUCUUGUAGAGGAAGAAAUCGACGGCAUCUACAAAGACACACCCCCAAUGCGGAUGCGCUUCAGUAGCCGUAUUCACUCCAACGACUCGUACGAAUCCGCUGAGCAGAGAGAGAUGCUGGUCCGUGACCUAAGUCGAUCGGCUACGAUGGAGGCCAAUUUGCUUUUCCGAGGCAACUCACUCGUAACCAAGGCACUCGAUGCCCACAUGCGCAGACUGGGCAAAAACUAUAUGGAGGAAGUUUUGGGCGAAAAACUGCGCAAGAUUAUCGAACGCGACCCUGACUGCGAAGUAGACCCCAGCAGAGUCCGAUCGCCAGAGCAGCUCGACAAGAACUGGGCGAACUUGAUAUUUCUCACCAACGAAAUCUGGAAAUCGAUAUACGCCUCCGCGGGCCGGUGUCCAAUGGAUUUACGCGUCGUGUUUCGCCAUGUCCGGUCUUGCGCAGAGGAUCGAUAUGGCUCUUUCAUACGGACGGUCAAGUACACGAGCGUCUCUGGCUUCCUUUUCCUUCGUUUCUUUUGCCCUGCAAUCCUGAAUCCAAAGCUCUUCGGGCUGAUCCAGGAUCACCCCCCUGACCGCACAAAAAGGACUUUUACAUUGAUCGCGAAGUCCCUCAACGUGCUUGCGAACCUGGCACGAUUCGGAACGAAAGAGCCUUGGAUGGAGCCCAUGAACAAGUUUUUGGCGGCGUCGACAAACCAAUUCAGAGCCUUCAUCGACGAGAUAUGUGCUGUGAGCUCCUCUCAGAUAGCUUCGGCAAAACUUGAGCCUCAAUAUGCCGCGCCGAACCAGAUACGAGGUCGACUUCCAGCUUUAUCCCGAGAGGGCCUCCCUAGCCUUCCGUUCCUUCUGGACCAUGCAAAGCUGAUGGCACAGCUCAUUGACUUAUGGGUCACGCAUGCCCCCGAAAACAUCAGCGAUGCAACUGACGACGAGGUCGUGCAGGCAUUUCAUGCGGUCUGUGUGCGGCUCUCCCAGAGAAGCAAAGAAUGCCUGAAAGCUGCGGAGCAAGCUGAACGGCCUGACGAAAGGUCAGAACAUACCUGGCAACGGCUGCUCACGGACCAGCAAAAAGCUAUAUCGCCCAGCAACGCUUUUGAAGAGUCUCUACUGAGAUCACACAGGGACAAUGAGAUCACGGCUCUUCCCCAAACAGCAAACACCGUGACAGAUGUGGAAUACAGAACUGCUGAGCUCUCUCCAAUUGUAGGAGAAGGCGACACAACACCAUCAAGCUCAGCUUCGGCGUGGGAAAGACGGAUCCCCUACCCUCACCGGGCCACAGAGGCGCGAACGAUGACAAACUCGACGAAUUCGUCGACCGAUGCAGUUGACCUGACUGAAGAUGCUCGGCGGCCGAUGUCUAGCAGCCGCGAUGGUUCGGCAAAAAGCCGUCUAUUUGAAUUAAUGAGUUCCUCUUCGCGGCGAAGAGGAAAAGCUGGAGAUCGCAGUUAUGUGGACGAUGACGGGCACGACAUUUGA